UCCACAGUCCGCAGCCACAGUUUAGUGGUACGACGUUGAACGUGUGUGCAUGUCGCGUUGUGACUGACCCCUAUACGAAACCAAUUUUAUUAUCUGUGACUGACCAGUGCGACAUUAUUCCGGAUUCCGUCGGAUUGAGGUGAAACGUCAACAAUUUCCAUUCAAAAUAAAAGUUCGAGAGUAACAGGGGAGACAACUGCUAACAUACUUUCAAAUAUUCUAAAGGUAUCAUAGAAAAUGGAAUUAAUGAGCCUACGCCCAAGUAGAUACAGUAAUUCACCGUGUUUUUGAACAGUUAUUUAAAUGAGAAAAAGGCACUGUUUUUAUUAGUAAUGAUCUGACAAUGGCAAGAAGACAUCGUAAUGGUAAUGCUAAUGGGGACACUAUUUUUCGAAAUCUUAAAUCAAUGUUUUCACAAUCAAGAACAAUAAUUAUUUUAAUAUUAGUUUUAAAUUUAAUAGUAGUUGAAUGUAAUUACAAUGAAACGGACGAAGACAUUAAACGAGUCAAAAACGAAAUACCUAAGAAAUUGAAGAUUAUAGAAGCCAUAUCAGGCAGAGGUUUCGUUGAAAACGUAUAUCAUAAUGGAACAUUUAAAACUGGUAACAUUUUGUGGGACAGUAUUUUAAACAAGUGUACGUUAAAACCGACAGUGAGCUGCUUACAAAAGAACUUCUACGCAUAUUUGGAUGAUAGUUUAGAUUAUAAAGGUGAUAUAAGUGUUACAAGUGGUGUUUGUUUUAAGAAGAAUAACGUGGAUUUAAAUAAGUAUAGUAAAGAAGCGAAUAUUAUCUACCUCACCGGCAGCAACGACAAGGAGGAUCGAUUAAUCGAUGAAGAAAAUGAAAUCAAAGAUGACGAGGAAUCGGAUACACCGUUGGAAGAAGUGACGGAUGCAUUAUACGACAAAGGCAUUAAAUUCCUGAUGACGCAUGAUAUGAAGUUAACAUUACCAGAGAUGAUGUUUAAUGGAGCAACGCUGAAGGUUUCUCCGAGAGCUUUGACCAAAACGGGCGCGCUGGUACACAUAGACUUAGAACCAAAUCAGAAUGACAAUGGACAGGGGAGGUUACUGUUCCAUAAAAUCAAGAAGUACAUAAAGAAGAAAUUAGUGAUGGCAGCAUUGGCGAUCAUAUUGGUGGUCAAGUUGAUCGCGUUGAAACUAGUAUUCGUGCUUCCCCUCAUACUCGGAGUUACCACUGCCAAGAAGAUGUUCUUGAAGAUACUAUUGUUCCUAUUUCCAGCAUUGAGUCACAUAUUUAAACUUUGUUCGUGGUACCAUCAAAACUAUCACACCACAAAAUACCACCACCAUCAUCAUUUGAUUACUCAUCACCAUAAGGUACCUCAUUCUCAUCAUCCUCACGUAUAUGGACCACCUUCUCACGGCGCAACGGUGAUAAAACAACAUGCCGAUGGCCCACCAGCUUCCUUUGAACACUAUCCACAAGAUUGGGAACUAUCUGGACCAGGUCUUGGAAGCGAAUAUUUAUCGGAUAUUCACCGUAACGCCAUAGCUACUUUCAAACCUCAGGAAAAUGACGCAAAUGACAUCAAUGCAUGGGGCCUUGGUCUUCCUCCAGGAUUAUCAUUAAACGUUGGAGAGUUAGCAAGCGGCAGUACCAACGUACCCAAUGUACAAAUACCUAAUUCUGGACAAAAAGUAAUCUUCUCUAAUAGCCCUGGAAGACCCGUGGGACCGUUACCGCCGCCACCGAAUCCAUAUUAUCGACAUAAAAAAGUCGCAACACGAGAUCCUACAAAUGCUGAAAAGGAAGCUUUGAUAAGGGCAGCAACUCUCGCGGCUCGGGUUCCGCCCUCUCCCGUGAGGGAUGAGUUGCUAAGAGUAUCCGCGGCGAAGUUAACCGAGAGUAAUCGAGUGAAAGCCGAAACGGAGUUGGUUAGACAGCAACAAGAAAUACUAGCAGCGCAGGACCCUGAUACCAUAGCGGCAGAAAAGUUCUAUGGAAAUUUACUGGAAAGAGUCGACACGAUACUGGGUUCAAUUGGAGCAAGAGAUACAGAAUGUAGAGAAAGAGCUGUAUGUGCUUUAUAUAGAGAUCCCUUUAAACACGCACCGUACAGCAACCUUGUCUCGAAUGAACUCAGCAAAGAAUCCAGUGAGCUGGUACCGCCCGCUGACAGCAAAAUGGCGCUGCAUUACUUCAGAUACGUUCAAGCUGCGAGAGAUGGACAAGAAUCAAAAGACUGCGUUACUAUUUAUCCAAAAUGUAACAUCGACUACAAUAAAAAAAAAUAAGGAUCGUGUAAAAUCAUAGAAGAAUAAAUAAACAAGCGUUUUACAAUCAAGCGCUUUACGGUUAACAUUAUACAG